UCGAAACGCACAUUAACAAUUGUUUACCGUUAAAUUGAUAAUUUUAAAUAAUUUAGUCCUGAAUUUCUGACUUCAGCGUCUUCUUCGUGGUGUCAACCUUCUGGGGAAAUUUUCGACUGCAUUCGGAAGGACCAGAAGAGUAUUAAUAUGAAGAGGUGAAAAGUUCUUCCAGUUCUGCAUUUUCUACUUUAUGUGGUCUUCUUGAAGAACCGGAAGUCCCGUUCUCCACUUCGAGAUACCGCCUACGUACCUGAAGUGCAUAGGAAAGCAGAAGUAAUUUGCGGUUCCCACACUUGUGAAAUAUCGAUGUGCAAUCGUAAAGAUCAUUUAUUAACCCGGAGGUUAAUAAAUAUCGACGAGGAGUCUUCGGCUUUCGGUGUUCGCCUUUGAUAACUGGAAGUACCGUUCUCCACUGCAACCACCGGUGGAGGAAAUAAAUUAUUAAUAAAUAAUACCUUCAUCGACGUUGACAAAGUGACGCUAUAAACUGGUCCCCGAGGCAAAUAAACGGGAAAACGUGUAAAAGAAAUUGUUUAGUAUCGAGAAGUGUGAAAUCUCGCGAGGUGAGGUGGUCGAUAAUUGAAGUUUAGACUCCGAGUGUUGAAAGCUCGGGUUAAUCGAGAAUUUUCGGUUCUAUAAACUUAAUUAUCACUCGUGGGAAUUGUUUUGUGUGACCGCAAGAUUUCUCACUGACGAAAUCUCGCUUCUGCAUCCUAUUUCCCAGAAUUCGUCCAGAUCUGCAUGAUGUAACAGGCAGCUUCAUGUCACCAAAAGAAUGGCCAGGGAUCGUCUGGGCUCCGAAUAUUCCGAGAAUCUGAGCGAUGCCACGACCUGUAGCUGCAUCAUGAAUUCUGUCGACAAGUGCACCUUGCGCGGUUGCGGCAUGUUUCAGGAGCCAUUUUUUCUGCACCCUCCCGGGACCAGACCUCGAGAUGGGAUUUAUAUAAACCCUAUGUCGGAGUAUAUCAGAGACCCCCCUAAGCCAAAGGACACCGAGUCCUUCUAUCUCCACAGCCCUCACGACUUGGUUUACACGAGGAUCACUCGACUUUUCAGCGAAGUCGAUAAGUCGCGCAAUGGCGAGCGUCUAGAGAGGAAAGAUGAAACUCUAACGGUGAAAGUGGACGUGCACAUCAAUAAUGGAAACUACAAGCCCCUUGGAAAUGGAACCUCGGUGAGGUCGGACCUUAUCAAAGAGACCGAACAUGCCUACGAGCAAAUUUGCAUUCGUCAAGAGGACGAGAGCGUCAAGUCAUCUCACGGAAAGUCAUCGGACAAUGUUUCUGAAAGCAGCCGUUCCCGCAAAACCGACAGAAGAUUCAGCAGAUCCAGCAGUGCCAGCGAAUCUUCAAAUGUCAGCAGCGAAAUUCAUUGUUACUCUUCUACGACGUCGACGCCGCCAUUGUCCAGGAACAGCAGCAACGAGCGCAUCAGCAAAAGCCCGAAAAUUCCGGAUCCCCUGAUAGAGAGGACCGACUCGACGUGUACUCAUCGAGAAAGUGAAAAGGACACGAAGUCUGUGAACACCGGAUCGAGCGCCGUCAAGCCGCCCCCUCCACCUCCUCCACCACCACCGGAAAUCGAAGAAGUCAUCGUUAUCAAUACAAGGAUUCUGGAGGCUACAGUUCGAGAGGAGAAAAAUGAGGUCCUGCAGGAUUCUAAGAGCGAGACCGAGGAUGCACCUGCGGCCAACAAGUCCGUCGUAUCCUGCGACCAGGCGGAAGUGCCUCCAGCCAGUCAACCUGCGGAGACCGAGGAAAUUAAGCCACACCAGGUGUCUCACCUGGUGAACAAACACAUGGUGCUGCCAUUCAUACCCCCUAAAUUCACGAACGCGGACUCGAACACGCUCCUGAAGCCCUCGGAGUACCUGAAGAGCAUCUGCAAGACCCCCUGCAAGAACAGCCUCUCCAAAGCCAGGUCGGUCGACAAUUUGGACAUCCAAAGUCGGUCUUGCGACGAGGAGGAGGAAGAGGAGGUGGGCGAGGGGGACAAACCCGAAGAGCAGAACAACCCUCCCCCAGGUCCACCUCCUCCACCUUUGCCACCCUCGCAGAAGGAACCUCAACCUCCUUCGGCUUCUGAGGUUGAACCACCGAAGGCUCUUCAACCUCUGGCCACUAUCAGCAUCCAGGACCUGACGAGUGUCCAGCUGAGGAGGACCAGCACAAAGAUGCCCGCCACGAAAACCUUCUCAGCGCCUCCACCUCGAAGUGUCUCCAUGACUAAUGUUUCAGAGCCGUUCUUCGUCCAGAAGACGGAUUUAAUCGCCGAGCUGAAGAAAACGAAGGAUAUACCGGGGAUUAAAAAAUUAAAGGUCGAACGGGCUCAAGUGGAGAAGACACAGGAGCGGAAUUUAAUGACGGAGAUGAGCAAGGCCUUCAGUGCCUCGAAUUUCGUCGACCAGAUCCCGGACAAGGAUAGCGCCGGAAACGUUAUACCGAUAUGGAAGAGACAAAUGCUGGCCAGGAAAGCAGCGGAACGGGCGAAAAAGGAGCUCGAGGAGCAAAUUGCCCGAGAAAACGAAGAAAGGCGACAGGCGGCCAUUCCGCCAUGGAAGAGACAACUCCUAGCGAAAAAAGAUACGGAUGAUAAAAGGACACCUCACGUUUUAAUAACUCCACCGGUGGUGACUCCCAUAAAAAUCGAGAUCACGCCAUCUCCGAAAAGAGACGUCUCCCCUGCAGCUCCGAUUAUCUCAAGAGAGGCCGAAAAACCGGAAGUCGAGGAAAAACGAGCAGAAUCGAACGAAAACUCCGACGACGGGCAAAUAAUCCCCUGGCGGGCGCAGCUAAGGAAGACGAAUAGCAAACUUAAUAUCCUGGAUUAGCUAAAUUAUCAGUUGGGGUAGAUAACUUAUUAUCUGACGACCAUGGUACAAAGACAAGAUGGCGGAAGUUUCAGCUCGUCCCGAUCGAAGCGACUUCGAGAAUCAAAAGAGCUGAAAUGAUAAAGCAUAAUUGUUAUAAUAAGAACUCCCGCGAGUUUCGAUUAUCAAUAAUCACGCAAUUAGUCACUUCCGGUAUGGCGAGCUUAUAUCGAGUUACUGCAAGAGAAGGACGCAAAACUUUCUCACUGGAGCUUGGAGAGCGGAAACUGUUAAGGCGGAGAUGCUUAAUUUAUGGAAUACCAUUCUUGUGCAUACACUGUAAGGAAAUAGAUGUAAAUUAGUAGAACGUUAAUGUCCGUAGAUCGAGGUGUUACGAAUUUCGACGUUAAGACGGUGCUACUUAGUAACAAUUGCUUUUAACUAACUCUAGCAGCGCAUUGUCGACUUACAGCACGGUUUAUUAAUAAAAUUUCGACGGAGAUUUAGGAUUUUCGCAGUGCUAUCGUAUACUGCGAGUGGACACUGUCUUAUGAUAGUAUAUCUGAAAUUGUAUGCAAAGAAUGUCGUACAAAUGUCCGCGGUCAAUGUUGAUAUUGUUGGCCCGAGUAUGACUGCGUCAGAUUACGAUUCGAGGGUAUAAUCGCAUUAUUAACGGAAAUAUUUUUCUACUAACACUUGUCGCUAUCACAUCUGGAAUACCCUGCAGUGUAAGUUGCGGAAUACGGAACAGGGGCGACGUGUACAUAGAGUUAAGAAUGAAAAUAAAUUGGAGGCGAAGA